AUCAUUAGAAUACCUUCAGUGCCUCAACUUCCCCCUCUUCUUGGAAAUAGGCCAAUCAUGCUACCAAGCAAGUUUCCUUAGAAGCUCAGGCUGAGAUUAAGAUUUUUCUUUGGCCACACCUUGUGGCUUGUGGGAUCUUAGUUUUCCACCCAGAGAUUGAACCUGGGCCACAGCAGUGAAAGUGCCAAGUCCUAACCACUGGACUCCCAGGGAAUUCCCUAAGAUUCUUAUGCAAAUGAUUUAUUAAGGGAGCUCUCAGUAGAAACCUCUGAGUGAAGAAAGCCAGAUAGGAGUGUGGGAAAAGUCAGUGGUUCCAAAACUUUGCUACCCAUUAAAAUCACCUGGGGAGUUUUUGAAAAUUCCAGAAAUUAGAGGAGUGAUGUCAGCAGGAUGGCAGAAUAGGAAACUCCAGGCUCACUUUCCCACAUGGAGACACUCUCCUAACAAUAUGAGGACCAGCUUACCUGUAUGGUAACUCCAGAAAGCACUUGAGAGGUUAUAGCAUUCCAUGCAAGCACAAUGCCAAGAAGAGGCACAAUGGAGCAAUUAGAACAUUCCAUUGCACUUACCCACCAUACCCCACGUCCCUCCUACAGAACAAGGGCACUCAGGAGGAAACUCCCAACUUUUGAGUUCUCCCUCAGGAGGAAAAGAAAAAGCUGGAACAUGUGUCUUAUAUUCUGGCUUUUAAAGAGGCUGCCCAAGGCACCGGUUUCUGUCUCAUCUGACUUGGAACAUUGACUGAAAAGAGAGUGGCACAUUUUAAGAAAGUGACACAUUUUCGUUGCCCAAGGUCCACUGAGAACAAAGCUGCCAUGUUGCAAGCAGCCUUGCAGAGAAGCCCUCAUGGCAAGAGACUGAACCUAUCAACGGCCAUUUUUGUAGUCGGUGCAGUCUCUCCUGCUGUUGUUGUCCCUUCUAUGCUACGUUUGCAAGAAAAGGGAUAUGGUUUUGAGAAAGGCAUUCCAACCUUAUUAAUAGCUUCCAGCAGUUUGGAUGACAUCGUGGCUAUCACUGGAUUCAAUACAUGCUUGAGCAUAAUCUUCUCAGGUGGUGUACUUAGCAACUUCCUGUCUGCUUUUCGGGAUGUACUUGUUGGUGUGCUGGUAGGAAUUGUUUUGGGAAUGUUUACUCGAUAUUUCCCAAGUAGAGAUCAGGGAAAACUUGCAGUGAAGAGAGCAUUUCUUAUUUUGAGUAUGUGUGUUUCUGCGGACUUAGGCAGCCAUCGCAUUGGUUUGCAUGCAGCCGGAGGAUUAUGCACACUAGUUUUGAGUUUCAUUGCAGGGACAAGUUGGUCCAAAGAAAAGAUUAGAGUCCAAAAAAUUAUUGGAACUGCAUGGAAUAUUUUUCAACCUCUUCUUUUUGGUUUGGUUGGAGCAGAAGUAUCUGUCACAUCUCUUAAAUCAGAUGCUAUUGGCAUUUGUGUUGCUACACUGAGUUUGGCAUUAUUGGUUCGAAUUUCUUUUACAUUUGUAUUGAUGUCUUUUGCUGGUUUUAAUUUUAAGGAGAAAAUAUUUAUUGCUUUAUCGUGGAUGCCCAAAGCUACAGUCCAAGCUGUUUUAGGUCCUCUGGCUCUAGAAAGAGCAAGAAUCAGUGCACCCCAUUUGGAACCAUAUUCGAAGGAUGUGAUGACAAUAGCUUUUCUAGCCAUCUUGAUCACAGCUCCAAAUGGAGCUCUAAUUAUUGGCAUUCUGGGACCUAAAGUACUUACUCGCCAUGAUCCAAACAAAAGGAUUAGAACUUCAUUAAAAAGUUGAUUUGCCAUCACCUGCCUGCUUCUCUUAAUGACUUCUCUUACAUGAGAGAAAAAUUAAAAGGUACAAAUAUGUGGAGACUACACAGAA